AUGAACGCGUACGCGUUGCGCGUCGGCCGUUUUCUGGCUUUCCUUAGCAUGUUUCGCUCGGCGGCCCCGGCCGUGGCAGGCGAGAACGGUAGGCCUGCCCAAGUCGUACACCACCCGUCGCGGGCGACUGGGCUCGCUGCAUACCCGUUCCGACUAAAUAUGUACACGGUACCACCGGUGCAGGAUAUUACUGUCGAGGAAUUUGAGCAGUGGGCGUUGGAUCGGCUGCACGUCUUAGCUGAAAUUGAAAAUGCGUCGGCGCGCAACCAAGCAUGGCCUGAGACCAAAGCCCUUAUUGAGAAGCGCAUGGGCGAAUAUAUGCCUCUGCGCUCGAAUGCCGUGGCGCAGUCCGGCACGACAACGACGUCCUCCGCCAAGUCCAAGGAACUGCUGGCCGAGCGCCACAAAGACCACGUCUCCCACUUCGUCCUACGCCUUGCGUUUUCACGCACGGAGGAACUGCGCAGACGAUUUCUUUACGCGGAAACGACAUUGUUCCGAUGGAAGCUCGAGACAGAGCACAUCGCUGAACGCGAGGCGUUUCUGCGUUCGCAAGACUUUGUGUGGCGCAUGGUAUCGCCCGACGAGCAGCGUCGCUUCCGCGAGCAACUGCUGGCCGUACACCCGCGCCUGGCCUCGUCGUUCGACGCAGAGUCGUUCGUCCAGGUGCCAUGGCACCGCGUACCUGAUCUUGUCGAAAAGCGCCGCGUGUUUGUCCACAAAGGCACCGCAUGGAUCCCCACCAAGGAGCAGUCAAGUCUGGUGCUGGCCGAGUUCCAGAGCCAUCUGCAGUCGCAGCUGGAGCUGACAGCGCGUGCGCUCCCACGCCUCGAUGAAGACGAUCGCCUGAUGCCUGUGCUCGAGCAUCUGACGAUGGGCACGAUCCUCGGUGCAUCGACGGAAUACGCGACAAGUGCGCUGCUGAGCUCCGACGGCGAAACUUUGGCGCUUACCGCGAAUAUGAUCGAACCCCUCGUGCAGCAGCAUGCGCCGCUGUGCAUGCGCCACUUGCAAGCGACGCUGUCCAAGACGCAUCACUUGCGCCACUAUGCACGACUGCAGUACAAUCUGUACCUCAAGGAGCUGGGCCUGCCUGUCGAAGAAGCCCUGCUAUUUUGGCGCCGCUCAUUCAGUACGAUGAGCGACGACAAGUUUGCGAAGGAGCACCGCUACAAUAUCCGGCACGGCUACGGUCUGGAGGGCCGUCGCCUCAGCUACCCGGCCAAGAGCUGUGCGCGUAUCAUAACUCAGGACCAGCCCGGCGGCCAGGACACGCAUGGCUGCCCCUUUCGCCACUUUUCUGCGGCGAACCUCUCUGCUGCGCUGGCAGCACACUAUCAUCUCUCGCCGCAGGAACAAAACGACAUUGUCGCGGCAGCUCAGGCCGGGCAUUAUCAGGUCGCAUGCACUCGUGUCUUUGAGCUCACACACCGGGCGCAGGGCGUCCGGGCGGGCGAUGGCCUCGGCCAAGGCGAGAAUGUAUCGCAUCCGAAUCGAUACACCGAGGCGAGCUGGCGCCUCGCGCAGUCGUCGACAGCGGGUGAUAUGUAG